AACUAAUAAGUACUCAAAGUCCAUGAUGGAUUUUCAAAGUUUAAUAAACGAAAAAAAACGUCGACUCAAGACUUGCACGACCAUUUUUACAGACACAAGUGGACGAAAGUUCGAGAUUCGAGAUGGAGAAAAAAGAGAGAUAGAAAAAGGUUUGCCUUUCGUUGUGGACGCGAAACCGGACCUUCGAGUCGCGAAAAUAAUUCCGGGAUUAUUUUUAAGUUCUCAGGAUCCAGCACUUAGUUUAGCAGUUUUAAAAGAACAUUCCAUAAAAAAUAUUCUGAGUGUUGGAAUCGAAGUUCCGGUUCAUUUUGAAGGAAUACGAUACCAUUUUGUGGAACUUUUGGAUCUUCCCGAGAGUGAGAUUUUUUGAAUUUGCAGAAGAUUGAAUGCAGCUGGAUGAUAAAUUAUAAAUAUGAAUCUCAGCUCUUUAAUUCUUUCUGCCUUCAAGAAUUCAUAUAA